GAGCUGGCCGGGGACCAGAGCCCUGAAGAUGGUCAACCACUGCUGCGUGCCGGGCUGCAGGAGCGAGGCCAAGCGGAGCACCAAGCGCUUCCACAGGUUCCCCAAAGACCUGAACAUCUGCAGGCUGUGGCUGAUUGUGAUGAAGCACAGACUCUCCUCCACAGAGAUCCUUAACCGGGAGAGUGUGAAGCACCUGCGGGUCUGCAGCGACCACUUCUGCCCGGAGGAUUACCGGGAACGCUCCUUAAACAACGCCCUGAACUCCGCGGCCGUCCCCUCCGUGUUCUCCUGCGCUCCCGGAGCUCCGAGCAGAGGAACCGCGGAGGAGGCACUUACUGAAAAACCUGGUACACCUACUCAGCUCUCAGUAUAUUCGGAGGUGGAAGUGAAACCAUGGCGUAAAGCUGUCAAGAGUCUUCAAACAAACCAAGGAACUAGUGUUUUUAAGAGUAAUGAGGUUUUGGUGAACACCCAGUGUUUGCUGGAGCUCUUCCAGUACUGCUGGCUCUGUCAGAUUGAGUGCUGUAUUACCAUCGAGGGCCACGAGAGGCUGUUUUCAGUAACUCAGGAGUGUCAGAGCUGUGGGUUCCACAAGCAGUGGAGGAGUCACCCAACUCCUGCUGGUGAAGCUGUAGGAGCCUUUAAAAUAGAAAACAAACAGCAGGAGGAAAUAAUUCAAGAAGACCAUGAGGAUGAGGAUGCACCUACGUACCCAGAGAAAGAACAGUCCUCAGAGCCUGGGGGUGAGGAUGAAGAUGAGGUCAUGAUCCAGAUCGUGUCCUCAGAUAACGAAGGCACUGAUCAAAACUGUGAUCAAGUGUUCAUCAAGAAGGACGGAUCGUAUUUACCAAAGAAAGACGAGAAAACGAGGGAAUUGGAAGAGGCGCAGAAAAAGAGUAGUGGAAACAGAAAGAGAAGGUCUGAAAGUUGGGACAGUGUGGAUGAAGGGGCUGCAGACUCUGAUGUACCCAGGGAUGAGGGUGUCUUUAUUUUGGAAGAGGUGGAGAAAACUGAUUCGGGAGAGAGGGAGAACAGGAGGCAGGAUCAGAUGGAUGUGGACGUGGCUGCAGAUGCUGAAGUAUCUGCUGAAGUAUCUGCUGAUGUAUCUACUGAUGUAUCCAAGGAUGAAGGUGUGUUCAUUAUGAAGGAGGUGGGUACCAGGGACAUGGGAAAGGUGGGGCCUCGGAGGCUAAAAGAGGCUAAAAGUAUGGAUGAAGGGGUUGCAGUGGCUGCAGUCUCUGAUAGAUCCAAGGAUGAUGAUGAUUGUGAUGGUCUUAUCACUGUGGUUGAUAAGGAGCCUGAGAAAAGGAACACCAGGAUGAGGAAGGCUAAGAAUCAGGGCAGCUUUUAUGAACUGGCUGUAGAUUCUGACUUUUCCAUGGAUGAAGAUCUCUUUGGCGUGGACGAGGAGGAGAAAAAGGACACGGGUAAGAGAGGCAAGUCUAAGAGACAAGAUAGUUCAGAUGAGUGGGAACCACGUUUAGACGAUAUGGCUGCAGAUGCAGACAUAUCCAUGGAUGAAGAUCUCUUUAGCUAUUUGAUAGAAGAUAGUAAAGGCAAAGUUGUGGUUUGGUGUGAGGUCUGUAGGACGGACGCUAUGCUCUCCUGUUCAGUCAGUCGCCACAAAAAAGUCUACGCCUGUGCUCAGUGUGGUGCUGGCGACCAUAUCGAGAUGCGAAACUUUGAAAACCUUGUUGUGCACUUUAACGACUUUACCAGCUUUCAGAAACAUGCUGAAAAGAAGCAUGAAGCCAAACCGUUUCACAAGCCCUGCCAGGAAUGUGGUAAGUUUAUCCUAGCAGAACCAACAUCUAUGGGUAGAAAAGAUCACAAAUGUGAAAAAAUCAAACAUAUAGUCUGUCCGGAGUGUGGAAAACGAUUCCUCACUGAGAUCGGCCUAAAAAGACACUUCAGUAAACUCCAUAAAGAUGCAGACCACCCAUGCAAGUACUGCUUAAAGCUCUUCAAGAACAGGCCUUCAAAACUGGAGCACGAACAAACCCAUCCGAAAGAGAAAGAGCCCUACAGCUGUCCAGACUGCCCGGAGAGAUUCGAUAACAUUCACAAACGCAACAGCCACCUUAAGCUCCACAGAGGCCCCUAUAAGUACGCCUGCGACACCUGUGGGAAGAGAUUUAGAGACAUUAUAAUGCUGAAGAGACACAAGCUCAUCCACUCUGGAGAAAAACCCUUCAGGUGCCACGUGUGCGAUCGCUCCUUCAACCAGAUCGGAAACCUCAGCUCUCACAUGCGUCUCCACACCGGAGAGAAGCCCUUCAUGUGUGAGCAGUGUGGAGAGUGUUUCAACCACAACGUCAGCCUGAAGAACCACCUGCUGCGCUACCAUUAUUCAGGUUCGCCUCAGACAGAGACUGGGAAGUGGCAAGGUCAUCCACAUGGUAGUGCUCUGAGCGGAGGUGGAUAUUAAAUGGUUUUAGACUCGUAUUUCCUUAGAUAUGAUGUGUAUAUUUUGAUUGUUGCUGCAUCAUAAAGAGACUGAAUGUACCUUCAUUAUGGAGGUUUUCACUAAAAACUGAAUUAUUGAUAUUUUGAACAGUACUGAGACUGAGAAGUAGAGCACUAUCCAGAGAUAAUAGGAUGUUUCCUAAUAAGAGAAAUAUUUCAUGAGUGUCAUAUUUUCCAUUUUUGUCAAUUUGUCAAUCUGCUAAACAAAAACACAUUGUCACUCAGGUGUUUUUUACACCUGUAGUUGGUUUCUCUGGUCCGAAUCAGUCGAUGAGUUUGUUUACUUGGAGCGUUUUCUCCCUCUGUUUGGUCUGGUUUUACACAGGCAUAAGUCUAAACGCACCAAAAUGUGCACUAAUAAGCACGCGAGCAGGCUGUGUCCUUAGUCAGAGCUGUCUGGCGUAUAAAUAUACAAAAAAAAGAGGAGACUGCGUUUGUUCAUAGUUUUGGUAAUCAGUGUUUUUAGGCUAUUAUCAGAUUAAACUGCGCCUUAUCAGCAGUUUAGCUCAAAUAAAUUCACUAUAUUUAAUAUCUGGGUUGAAUUUAGACUAGAUUACAUUUCUCACCACAAGCUAACCUCUCCAGAGUUAAUUCGGGAUGCGCACCCGAGUGCGAUUACACCUUGUUUUUACACCUGCUCAAUCAAACCGCACUAAGGGCGUUUUCACACCAGCACUAUUUGGUCCGGUUAAAACGAACUCUGGUCCGUUUGUAACUUAUGUGCGGUUCGAUUGAGCAGGUGUGAAAACAGUCAUCGCACUGUUUGAACUCUGGAGCGGUUCGCUUGUGGUGAGAACGUGAUCUGGUCUUGAUCGGAUCCAGCUAUUAAAUAUAAUUUAUAUAAUUUAUUUGAGCUAAACUGCUGAUAAAGCAAGCACAGUUUAAACUGAUAUAUUAGCCAGAUAACGCUAAUUACCACAGCUGUGAACAAACACUGUGUCCAUGCACACGCCGUCUGCGCUGCAUUCACUGCUCACAGCCGCGUGACUCUGUUUAUUAUGUAUAAAUCUGCGCUGCACGUAGAAACACUGUGUUUGAAAGCGCAGCGUUUCAGCGUUCGGUGUUAAAGCACAGAUGUUUGCGCUGGAACACAAAAUCUUCUCGCUGUAUUUACUUUUUCGUAUAUUUAUAUUUAAUGUACUCCCGUGUCAGACAGCUCUGACCAAUCAGAGGACACGGGCUGCUCGCGUGGUUUAUUGAUGCGCAUUUUGGUGCGAUUGCAUUUAUGCCUAUGUGAAACCAGACCGAACAGAGCGAGAAAACGCUCCAAGUAAACAAACUCAUUAACUGAUUCGGACCAGAGAAACCAACUACAGGUGUGAAAACGCCCUAACGGAACAGAGUCUGUUUUAACCAGAGGUGGAAAAAGUACUAAAAAUUGUAAUUAAGUAAAAGUAUCUUUAUUUUGCUAAAAUUCUACUCAAGUAAAAGUACCCAUCUAAAAGUCUACUCGAGUAAAAGUAAAAAGUACUUUAAAAUGAACUUUGAGUAAAAGUUACAUAGUUACUUUUAAUUAUUUGAUGUAAAAAAAGUAAAAACAAAUUAUAAAUUAAAUUAUAAAAUUUUAAUGAACUAUUAUUCCACAUAAUAAUUUGGACCUUUCAGGCAGUAUUUGUUCAGACCACCCCAUAAAACAAGUGGCAUAGGUUUCUAUGAUCCAUUUUUUCUUUACUAUUAAAAAGUUAUGGUCAUAUAGGUGACUAUAAACUGUAUUUUUUAUAGUUUUAUAGUUCAAUAUUAUUUUUUAACUUGCUAUUGCUGUGCUUUAACUGCUGUUUACAUGUUUUUUUUAUUGUUUAAUGAUGCCAAUGGUGCCAUUUUUUUUUAAUUCAGACAAUUGCCCCCCCCCCCCAGCAUUUUUUUUACUCAGUAAUGGGGAGUUUUCCAAUGUAGGAAAGUAAAUUACUUGUCUCAAAAUGUACUUGAGUAAAAGUAAAAUUACCUAUUUUAAAAACUACUUUAAAAAUUACAAAUUACUCAUAAAAUCUACUCAAUUACAGUAACUUGAGUAAAUGUAUUUCAUUACUUUCCACCUCUGGUUUUAACAGGACCAAAUAGUGCUGGUGUGAAAACUUUCAGACUUUCAGACCAAAUCAGAGCUGAAAAUAUCAGAUUUUUGUGUUUUUUUGCUAUUCACAUUCACACAAACAACAAAAAAUACUGGAUUUGCCCCUUAUUCACCUGCUAUGUAAACACAGCCUUAUUACAUUCUGUUGUGUUCAGCAUUGAACUGGUUUAAACAGUGAUGAAAGAAAGAAAAGAGAUUGUUCUGUCGUGUUUUUUUUU